AUGCCAAAAAAGAAGCCACCAUGUCCAUCGGUUACGCCGCAGUUGUACGAGAAGAGCCAUAAGCCUUCCGUAACGGUUGGUAUGGGAAUGAAGGGCAGCGCCGCCUCCACCGCGUGCUGGCGCGACCAAGUGGAUAAAGAAGAACAGCUGCACGCCAUUUGGGCAAAGCGGUACGACCGGCGGAGCAACGCACGGCUUGUAGAAUCACUGAAGCGGACACUACAGCGAGAAAAGGACAGUGCUGAGCAGUAUCGCAAAGACAAUGAUGCGUUGAGCACCAUUUUAUUCAGCAAAGACGUCUCUGAUGCCGGGCGCCUGACAACUGUAUAUUUAAAGGCUCGUAAUCGGCUGGCGCCACAGGAAAAAUAUUUGAGAGCGCAAACAGCAGCACAAGAGGUGGGUUGGGGGAUUCCUGAGGCCAUGCGAGGUGGUGACAGCGUGGAAUUUACCGGUACGCCUGCACUUCCUCGCCUAACAAAAGCAUCUGCGAUGGCAUAUAGGAGGCCGGACGACGAGGACCAUGCGGAGUUGUUCGGCUACACAUUGAUGUGUUCGUUUUGCGGUGGGAAACCGUGA